AUGAGUGUUCCUGGAAUGGAAGUGCCGCGGCUACAAUUGAGUACCUCGAGUAAUUCAAAUAUUGCAAUUCUGCCCAGUACCAGUAGAAGUACCAACAAUGUAAAGGAACAAGAUGAAGUCAUCCAAGAAGCCAUCAAGCAAGAAGCUUCCAUCAGCAAGGAAGUUAAAGAUGAAGUCAAACAAGAUGAUAGAUCCAAGGCCACAAGUGAAUCAUCUAUAACCUCAAAUUCUACCAACUCCAGCUCAAACUCAGGCUUUUCUGCGAAUCCUGCUUGGUAUAGAUUGGUGAUUUAUGAUUUUUUCCUUUGGUGCUUUUCAGUCAUUUUUGACUGCUUUUUCCGUGAAAUCAGACCUAGAGGUGCCUUUAGACUCCCCAGAUCUGGCCCCGUGAUUUUCGUGGCUGCUCCUCAUGCCAAUCAAUUUGUAGACCCCAUUAUUUUGAUGAAUCAAGUUAAAAGAGAAGCUAAUCGUAGAGUUUCAUUUUUAAUUGCUGCAAAGUCAUACCGUCAAAAUAUCAUUGGACAUUUAUCCAAAUGUCAACUUUCCAUCCCCGUGGAAAGACCUCAAGAUAUCCUUAAGAAAGGGUCCGGUACCAUAUCGGUUGACUUUGAUACAAACCCAACCAUCAUCCAUGGGAAGGGUACUUUAUUCACCAAGGAAUGUAUGAAGGGAGGUAUGAUUGCCCUCCCACAAUCUCUUGGUGCAUCUGAAGUGUUGGAAAUUAAUUCUGAUACUGAAUUGGUUGUUAGAAAGGAAUUCAAAAACACUGAACAAGUGAGAAAAUUAUUAUCCAAGGGUACUCCUUACAAAAGAGCUCAUAAAGUUGAUCAAAAUCAAGUUUAUACCCUGGUUUUCCAACAUUUAUCCUAUGGUAAUUGUAUAGGAAUCUUCCCUGAAGGUGGAUCCCAUGAUAGAACUGAUCUUCUCCCCUUGAAAGCUGGUGUUGCCGUUAUGGCCCUUGGAGCCAUGGCAAAUGAUCCAAAUUGUAAUGUGAAAAUUGUCCCCUGUGGUAUGAAUUAUUUCAAUGCUCACAAGUUUAGAUCGAGAGCAGUGGUGGAAUUUGGUAUCCCAAUCGAUAUCACCAAGGAACUCGUCAAUAAGUAUAAGAAUCCAGAAACCAACCGUGAGGCCGUCAAGGACUUGUUGGACAUCAUUUCCACCGGGUUGAAGGCUGUCACCGUCACCUGUGACGACUACGAAACAUUGAUGGUGGUCCAGGCUGCAAGAAGAUUGUAUGCGGGGAACUUUGCCCAAUAUUUGCCCUUACCCCUCGUGGUGGAAAUGAAUAGAAGAUUGGUUUUAGGAUAUCAAACCUUCCAAAACAAUGAAAAAGUUCAAAACAUUAAAAAGAAAAUCCUUCAUUAUAAUGAUUUACUUAAACAAAUGUAUUUACCUGAUCAUCAUGUUGAAGAUUGUGAUGAACUGCACAAGUUGAGAGUGUUACCAAUUUUCAUUUUCAGAAUUUGUAAAUUGAUCUUACUUGUCCUUUUAUCAUUACCAGGUGCAACGUUAUUUUCACCCGUGUUUCUUGUUUCUAAAUUAGUUUCUAAGGAAAAGGCCAGAACUGCCUUAGCCAACUCUACCGUCAAGAUCAAGGCCAAUGAUGUGGUUGCCACUUGGAAGAUUCUUAUCAGUAUGGUGUUUGCUCCCUUGAUCUAUAGUUUCUAUGCUACCGUGGGGACUUGGUAUUAUUAUAAGUCUGACCUUUAUUUCUUUAAGAAUUUGGGGUUAGUUAUGCUUUGGUUUUCUUUAUACAUGUGUGGUGUUGCCGUGACAUACGCGGCAUUACUUACUGGUGAACAAGGGAUGGAUAUUUUCAAAUCUAUCCGUCCAUUAUAUCUUUCAUUAACUUCGGGGACAUCAGUCACAGAAUUAAAGAAAUUUAGAAAUGAUUUAUCAGAAGAUAUCACUGAAUUGGUGAAUACUUUUGGACCUGAAUUAUUUCCAAAUGAUUUCAAUUUGUUGGAAAUGAAGGAUCAUUUGAAGAUUAAGGAUGGUGUUGAAUACAUUGAUAGUGAUGAAGAAGAAGAACGGAAAACCAAUGAUUUACGUCAAAGAAGACUCAACAGAAGAAAACUGGAGAAACAACAAAGAAAGAAGAAGGAAAUGGGCGAAGACAGUACCGAAAGCGGGUUAUCCUUGGAAGAACAACGUUCUUCUUCUGUAUCCGAUGGUAUUUCCUUGAUGAAUUCUGAUAAUUCCUUGACAAAUAUCCCAAUGUUUUCAGAUUAUCAAUUGCAUAUGAAUGCCAAGAACCCUGAAUUUGAAGUUGGACCAAUUUCAAAUGUUCAACUGAGUGUAUCUAUAGUUGAUGAUUUCAAUUUCAAGUUACAUAGUAACCGUGCCUCUAGCAACAAAUUGAAUGAUAUUGAAUCAGUUGAAGAAGAAUCACCUGCAUUGUCUCGCAAGUCUUCUCAAAGUCAAAUUGAACUUAAUUUCGGUAAGCUUCAAGAACCAGUUUCUAACUCUCCUACCAAACGUACAUCCCAUGCAUCUCCAACUCCCAAAAUGAGAUUGAGUGAUAAAAUCCGUAAUAAGGUUAGAGAAGGUAGAAAAAAAAUCACCAAGAACGAUUGA